AUGCCUCGUUCACCAUCACCCCGCCGUUCUCGUUCCUGCUCCCCACAGCCACGCAAGAAAGCUCCCAAAGAGCUCUCAUUCUACAAAAAGUCCUCUGCCCCUGUGGGCUCCUUUUCGUCUCGGCGCGAUCCUCUCGAUGAACCAUCAUCCAAAGAAAGGGCUGAAGCAAGAGAACGCGGAGAAGUGCCCAAGAGAUUCGGAGGAUCGAGGGAGCAGGGGGUGAGGAAUACAAUGGGGAAUGUGAGUGCGAGUGUAGGGAGCUUCAAGAGAGGAGGCGACCCACUUGAUCGGUACGGCGUCAAAGGGGAGAGAGAGGACAGAAGGGAUUAUGGGAGAGACAGCAGAGACAGUAGGGAGCACAGGAGGGAUGAUAGGGAUAGAGAUUACAGGCGGGAUAGAGACAGGAGAGAUAGAGAUGACAGAGACAGAGACAGGGAUAGAAGAGAUCGAGAUCGAGGGUUAGACAAGAAGCGCGAUGACGGGCCAUCCCUACCUGCUCCUACUGCUCCGGCUGUUGGUCCCAAUGGCGGACCACCACAAAGACCACCUGCGGCUGCCCCCAGCAUGGCAUCAAUGAGGCUGAUAGAGGUGAUUGCGAACGAUCGUAUGGGGCGAAAGGUGCGCGUCAAGUGCUUGCCCACAGAUACGGUCGGGGACCUCAAGCGGCUCAUCGCGGCGCAAACUGGUACAUCGGCGCAAAAGAUUCAGUUGAAGAAAUGGUACGGGGCAUUCAAGGACCAUGUGACGUUACAAGACUACGAAAUCCACGACGGGAUGAGUUUGGAAAUGUACUAG